GAAUCCUAAUAAUGAUCCUGCUGAUUGCAAUGGACCAGGCAUCCUGGCUUUUCAGAUAAAUAUUCCUAUAAGCGAAGUAUUUUGGAACCCGCCGAUUCCUAUCCUACUUACAUAUGUUCCAGUAAUUCCUCCUACAGCAAAACAUAAUUGGUACUAG